UCUUGUAAAAACAGAACGAAGAUCGUGAAGCGAUUGUGAAACCUGAUUGAUUAUUUCACAAAUAUACUUACACACAUUACGCCAGCACUUGUGUCAUUGUCAGGUGCUUAAUUAUUAGUUUAGUAAUUAAUUUAAACAAGUAAGAUGUCGUGGGGACAGCAGCCUGGACAAUAUGGAGGCUAUGGAACAGGUUCUGCUAACAGGCCGUCAGGAGGCAAUCCUUAUGGACAACCAGGAGGUCAGCCUUAUGGUCAGGGUCCACAGCAAGGCUAUUCCCAGCAACAAGGAUAUCAACCACAACAGCAGUAUGGUCAACCUCAGGGUCAAUCAUAUGGACAGCCUCAAGGACAACAGUAUGGACAGCCACCUCAAGGACAGCAAUAUGGACAGCCACCACGAGGACAACAAUAUGGACAGCCACCUCAAGGACAGCAAUAUGGACAGUCACCUCAAGGACAGCAGUAUGGACAGCCACCUCAAGGACAGCAGUUCAGACCACCUUAUGGGCAGCCACAGGGACAACAGUUUGGUGGAUAUCAACAGCCUGGUGGAUAUUCUGCUCCUGCUGCUCCUCCACCAGGAAUAAGUCAAGAGUUGUGGGGCUGGUUUCAGGCAGUUGAUCAAGAUAAUUCUAAUAAAAUAACUGCUGAAGAAUUACAGCGAGCCUUAAUGAAUGGCAACUGGUCCCCAUUUAAUCCUGAAACCUGUCGAUUAAUGAUUGGUAUGUUUGAUAGAGACAGAAGUGGUACCAUAGAUGUUCAUGAGUUUGCUGCUUUAUGGAAAUAUAUCCAGGAUUGGAAAGCAUGCUUUGAUAGGUUUGAUACCGACAGAUCAGGGAAUAUUGAUGCUGGAGAAUUACACAGUGCAUUGAGAACAUUUGGUUAUAAUUUAUCUCCUCAGUUUGCUAAUGUUGUUGUGAUGAAGUUUGACAGAAGAGGACAAAGAAAUAUCAAUUUUGAUGACUUUAUACAAGCUUGUGUUUCAUUAAAAUCACUUACAGACAAAUUUCGUGCCAAAGAUACACAACAAUCUGGGAACAUUAGAAUUAGUUAUGAAGAUUUCUUGGAAAUGGUUUUAGACAACACAUUGGUGAAAGUGUAGGAUCAAUUCAAGUCUUCCUUUUUUAUAUUGUAUUAUGGAGGGUUUUGACAUUCCAGUUAAUGUCUUAUUUUAUAUGAUUAGAUAUUUGGUGCACAAAAGACUGGUGAAUAUUUGUGGAUAUUAUUUACUAUGUCUGUAUAAUCAUCAUCGUAUUAGUUAGUGUAUUCAUAUUUACAAUAAGGAUGUGACAUGAAAUAAUGAUAAUAAAUAGCAAACUAGGGUUGUUUUUAGGGUUCCAAAUUCCAAUGCCCAAAGAUCAAGAAACUUGUAUUUUCUCAAUUUAAGUUUUAAUUAAAUUUGAAAUUACCCCUUGAGGUUAAAAUUGUGAACCUAGGUCAAAAUAUAUGUUGCAUGUUACAGCUAUUGUAUUUAAAGGGGCAAUAACACUCUUGCUGGCUUGAAAGCUCCAGAAAAUAAAUAAUAUCUCUAUCUAAGUACUAGAUGUUUAAGUGUCCUACCUGUUGUGUAAAUUAUCCAUUACAUCCUAUUUUAUUGGUCCAGAGGGUUCGAAAAUAUUUUUAAAUCAAAGUUUCAUUUGAAAAGGUUUACGUUAGACGUUUCAAACCAUUAUGUUGAAUUUUUCAAAAUUUUUAAAUAAGGUGUGUUAAGAUGAAAUUUGUAUCAUCUAUUAAUUGAAAUAUUCUAAAAUAGUACAAUUUGUUGACCAGAAUAAAGAUUGGGACAUAUUAUUCAGUUACAACAAGAGUAGUAUUGAGCCUUUAAGGUCUAAGGGUUAAAAAUGUAUUUUCUCGAUUUAAGUUUUAAUCAAAUUUGAAAUUACCUGUUGAGGUAAAAAUUGUGAACCUAGGUCAAAAUAUAUGUUGCAUGUUGCAGCUAUUGUAUUUAAGGUCUAAGGGUUAAAAAUGUAUUUUCUCAAUUUAAGUUUUAAUCAAAUUUGAAAUUACUGCUUGAGGUGAAAAUUGUGAACCUAGGUCAAAAUAUAUGUUGCGAUUAUUGUAGUCCAAGAGUUAAAAAAAGUGAGUAAUUGUUAGGUUAAGAAAACAAGAGAUGUAUGAUUUGAACCUAAUAUUUGAAACUGACAUCCUGGUGAUCAAGACGGUACGCAAAAGGAAGCAAAAAGUAAACAAAACUAAUUCUGUGGAAUUAAUAAAGAUUAUGUCGCAAAUUCUAAUACUUAAUGCUAGGUUCCGACUGUCGUGUGAUGCUUUAAGAUAAGCUUGUCCAUGAUCUGGUAUGUGCUGACACUGUCGCAUACAUUUCAAUAGGAUCAACACAAUUGCUACGACUGAUCUCAAUAUACCUUAAGACCUGAUAGGAUCACCACGUUUACUCCACGAUUUCAAUUGUAGCACGGAUCGUGAUAGUGAAAAUCUACCAUAAGAUAAAUUUGUAUGUAAUAUGUGAUAAGACCUGAAAGGAUUACAAAGAUUACUCCACAAUUUCAAUGGUGUAGUGAUAGUGGAAACCUAGCAUAAGAUAAAUUUAUGUCAUGACAAUAAUAAAUAUAUGUGUAGAGAGAUUUUUGGCAGCUUUAAGAGUGUGCUCUAUAUAUUUACCAGCUUAUAUUUGUACAAAAUAUAUGGAAAUAUUAAAAAAUGUUACGAAUUA